AUGGCUUUGAAUGCUGAAGACGUCGAAAUCAUCGACUUUCUUCGAGCGGAGGUGAUAAUUUGUUUUUCUUUCUUUUUUAAAUUCCUCAGUUUCCAGACCAAAGACUUGAUGACCCCAAAGUACGAUACGGACUUUAACUUGCUUCGAUGGGCUCAAGUGAUUUUAUGAUCAUUAUUUCGAUAAUUUUGGACUCCCAGGGAUACGGAUACGACAAGGAAGAAGCGCUGGCCGAGUUGCGACGUCAUCUGAAGUUCCGACGUUACUACGACCUCGACGACGCCGCCAACAUCGAAGAGCACGCCAUCUUGAAGGAGUACUUCCCGAUUGGCCUUGUUGGUUAGUGAUGAUCACUUUGAAAUCUUCUGAAAGGCCACAUUCUGUUUUCAAAAUAAUCUCCACAAAGUUCAAAAUUACUGGGAAAUUGUUUAGCAUUUCACAAACCCCUAUAGGGCCACUAAAAAUUGCAAAAGUGGCCCCUGUUGGGGUUUCAGUUAGUGGCCCCUCUAGCGGACAUGCUAGUCGAUAAUUGUUAUCAACUCUAAGCUAAGAAGCAUUUCCAUGGGAAAAACUGAAUAAAUAUGCGUUUUUUGAAUGAAAUUGAAAGACCCCUAUAGGGUCCACUUGAGCUUUAGGGGCUAUGGGGUCAGACCCUAUAACUUUAUAAGGCCCGCCUUCCUUUUACUCCUAUAGGGGUUGCUUUUUCCUCCUAACCCCUAAAGGGACCACUCUGGCAUUCCUAAGUUUUUACUAAAAUCUCAAUUCGAAACCUUUCUUUGUGAAACUUUUUUUUUCUUCACACGUAAAAAAUCUGAUUUUUCGAUACCAUCGCAACAUCAAAGGAAUAACAUUCAUCAAAACAUCAGAAUUUUACCAGUUUUCUUUUUUGGCCCAGGACCCUGCCUUCCGCAAAACCGGUUCUUUCUAAAAUGAUACAUUUUUGAGUAAUAACUCAAAAUGACGACUGGUUUCGGUCGGAAUUUUUGGUGUUCCUUCUAUUUUCUUUCGAAAAGUCCAAAAAAGUGUUUAUGAUCAGAGUGACCCCCAAAACGUCAUCUGAAGACACCAGGGAACUUUUUGUUGUUUCUAACUAUUCACAGAGAAAAAAUAAGAAACUUUUAUUCAUAUUCUCAAAAAAGGGGCAAACUGCAGGGGAAACCGGCCGAAACAAUCAGCUUUUGGUCAUCGAAUGUGCCGGCCGGAUAGACUUGAUGGGCAUUCUGAAAUCUGUUCACUUAUCCGAUUUUCUUAUCCAGAGGUUCUUUUUUCGAAAAAUUCAGGUCCAAUAUUGAUUGAGUGUUUAGGUACAAGUUUCAAGAGAAAAUGCUGUCGACGAUGAACGAACUUGAGGCGAGGAAUGGCAAGCAGGUAUUUUGAAAAAAAAAAGGGAAAUUCCUAACAUUUUCAUAAGCAUUUUUAAAACUCUGCUUCUUGAAGCUUAAAAAAAAGUCAUAGGUAACUAUUGCUAACUAUUGCUCCAGAUUGGAAGACGUCCAAGAACGGAAAUUAGGAAAAAAUUACUACGACUCGAGCAUUUCAUAAAUAGAAGCAAUCGCAAAAAUUAGUCCCAGAAUCUCAGAAAAUACCAAUUAUUGGUACUGUUAAAACCAAAAUUCUCAUAUCAAAAACAAAAUGAUGUUUGACUCCUUCACUCGGACAUUGGCAACGCGAAUCGGACGUGUCGGGGCAUUUCUAGUGACCCCUUCAGUAGCGUCAGCACUCUUAAGUGAUCCCUAGAAUGCUCAGAAACGUCCGGAACACGUCUUUCUCGCGUUGCCCUAGUUUAGAAUUUUGAAGGCUUUUGUAUAUUGGUAAGGGAUGGGUCGCCUUCUAAACCGUCGAUUUUCAAGACCAGGAGCUAUUGCGCUUCAGUUUUUAUAGAAUACAAAAUUAUUUUCUCUAAAUCUAUUUUUCCAAUUCGUUUCUAAAUGAAGCUUUUACAUGAAUCUCACAAAUAUAUGGGCAUAUUUUUGAGUUGGACAAGUAAAUUCGUUCUGAAUUGAAAGCUCAUAAUCGCGCUAAAAAAUAACUCGAUAUGUGAUGCUUCUUUCAUUUUCUCAUGACGUAUCCGACCUAAAGUUACUUACGCACGAAUGCAUCGAAAGUCAUUGAAAGAAGCUACCAAAUUCUUCUAGUAAUCUAUUUGAGUCAUUUGAUCAGCGACAAAACUUUCAAUAUAGAGCGAGCGAAUGGAAUAUGCGACUUUGAAAAACUAAAUGUCUUACCUGUCGAAAAAACCGCGUUAUUUUCCUUGAUUUUUUUUCAAACUGAACAAAAAGUGGUAACCUUUGUUUUGCAGUCCUCUGUGAUCUACAUCCUCGACCUCGAGGGACUCAAAUUCGAUUCGGCCCUCCUGAACAUCGUCACAGGUAAACAGCCCCAUUUGCCUUUUUGGUCACCGAAUUAACCGAUCAGAGAGCAGUUUUCGAAAAGAAACUAUGCAGAUCAGAUCUACUGCGAAAAAUACACCUCUGUUUUUGAAAGAGGAAGGGAAAUUUUCAUGCGUUUGAAAAAUUCAGAUCUUGGGAAAUUUUUUGAAGUUCGUUGUAUUAAGAGUCGUUUCUUUAAAUUUACGCUUCUCAUCGAUUUUCGCGCCACAGCCGACCGAACAAAUACGAAAAAGGAUUUAUAAAAUGAUUAAAGGCCCAUAUCGAAUCCUGUGGGCGUCCGUGUACACCAACUACCCGGAAUGGAUCUCGCAAAUGUUCAUCAUCAACGCGCCUUCGUUCAUGACCAUCAUCUGGAAGGCGAUCGGACCCCUGUUGCCGGAACGGACGAGGAACAAGGUCCGCAUCUGCACGGCCAACAGCGACUGGAAGCAGCUCAUUCACAAGGUACAUAUCCAAUGAAGUCGGAAAGGGUGGAAAGGGUGGGAAAGGCUUCAUAGAAAGGUCCCUUUCAGGGUGAUAAAGGAUCCUUUUUUGCUGCCAUUUUGCGUCAUUACAUCGGUUCUCAUGAACCAUUUUUUUUUGCAUCUCCCUUUUUCCCUUUGAAAUCACACAAAAAACGGAAGGCUCGAUGAACGGACUCUUUUUGCUGCCUUUUUUAGCGGCCAUUAUCCACCAUUCCGACUUUUCCCUUGUAGAGAAGGAAAAGCUGAAAGAAAUGUUUUGGACAUUUUUUUUUUACCUUCUAGGCUUCUAUUAUUCAAUUUUUCAUGUUUAAAGUUCUUCAAUGUGUAUAGGAAUGUUAUAAUGAACAUCAUAGAAAUCAUGGAGAACUUAAACCUGAAAGGAGAAGCUGGAAAAUGAUUUUUCUAUCAAUUUGUAUAAUUUCAAUCUUCAUUUGAAUUUUAUACUUUUUUUUCGUUAGGCUAUUGAGGAAAACUAGAAUUCGAGGUUCCCUCUCGGGACCAUUUUACCAACCCCUAUAGGGGCCACUAAAGGGUUUUUUGUCAGUGGCCCCUAUAGGGAACACGUUUGUCGAUUAAUUUCAUGAUCUCUAUACCAAGAAGCUUUUCCAUGCCAAAAACUGAAAAAUAGCCUUUUUGAAUAAAAUUAAACGACCCCUAUAGGGGCCACUUAAGCCUUAGGGGCUAAGGGGUCAGACCCUAAACGCCUAGAGGGACCAUCUUGAUUUUACCCCUAAUAGGACCACUUUUUCGGUCCCUAUAGAGGCUGUUCCCCCUCGUAAGAAUCGUAAGCCUGAAGUCAAUAUUAUAAAUAUUUUAACAUUUCUGAAUUUCAGUACGCCGACCCUGACUACAUUCCGAAGCACUGGGGCGGAAAUCUCGUCGAUAAAAAUGGUGACCCAAUGUGCAGGUUCGUGCUUAACUAUCUUCUAUAGUCUGUUCAGAUUUUGAAUGUCAAGUAGAAUGACGUCAUUCGAAAACGCUCUGUGGAUGGCUCGCUCUCUGAUUGGUUUAUCGCGCCAUUAGGGGGCGGAGCUUCAGCGAGGACUUGAAAUUUGAAAUCGGAACAGACUAUAAUCAUCCAUUCGAUUUAUAGAGACCGUCUCAACAUCCCCACCGAGCAAAUCCCGCGCCAGCUCUACUGGACACCGAACGAGGAGACGCCGGCCUGCUCCGAACUGACCUGCUCCAACAUCCCGGCCGGAAAGGCCGCCAUCUUCACCUACAUUGUCCCAGAACAACAGCAGCCCAUGUACAUCAUCAUCAACAGGUCCGUUUUUUCACAGUUCCUUUACCUCGCCUACUGGAAUUUUCUGUUAAUUUGCUCAAACAAUCUCCGAUGGACCGGGAAACGAACCCAUAUAGUCGAUAUGAAAGUUUUGGAAUAUUCAAUUAGGAAUUUCAGACUUAUCCCUAUAGGGGUUGGAGAAAAAAAAGCCCCUUUAGGGGCCGAAAAAGUGGUCCCUGUAUGGGUAAAAUCAAGGUGGUCCCUAUAGGGUUUAUGGUCUGACCCCUUAGCCCCUAAAGCUUGAGUGGUCCCUAUAGGGGUGUUUCAAUUUUUUUAUUUAAAAAAACGUUUAUUUAUCUAGUUUUCGCAUGGAAAUUCUUCUUCGCAUAGAGUUCAUAAAAAUUAUCGACUAGCAUGUCCCUUAUAGGGGCCACUAACUAAAACCCCUAUAGGGACCACUUUUGCGAGCCUUGGCGACCCCUAUAGGGUUGGAAAACGGAAAGUUUACGCAGAUAUCGACUAUAUGGGUUCGAUUCGCAGUUACUAGAAGAUUUUUUUCAAGCGAAAUUCCAGAAAGCCGAGUAAAAGUUGGUUUAUUUUCUUCCAUAAACCUUUUUUUUAAAUAUGAGAAUUCAGCUCUAAAACUUGAGUCACAUGCUUUUUCUGAUAACUUAUGGUUAGCAACUUUUCUUUGAUACAUUUUUUUCUAAAGCUCCUUCUCACGUUCUUGAAUCAAAUUCAUGAACUUAUUCAGAUUUUGCGAGAGGACCUACGGAAUGGGCAUUUGGUACAGCGCUGAGAAGGACGCCGACAAAUUGCCUCUAGCAGACUUGCGCGACUUUUGUCCAGACUUUGACUACCCAGGUGCUUACCUGUUGAAGUUUUUCACAAAAUAUUAUUAUAGGCAUGCCGACGGUGGAUUAUCUGCGAAUUCGUGUACCGGGAGGAGGCGUCUAUAAAGUCAAAUGGGGAAAUGAACAGGUGAUUUUUUUUUUGAGUGAUCUUUUUUGAAAUUCAUCUUCUUCAAAGCCUUCUUCUGUAUUUUGAUAAUUUCAAAAAAUCCCUUUUUCAGGCCUGGAUUAGAUCUGUUACGGUGUACCAUCGCGUGCGAUUCCAGAACGAAAGUGGCGAGAAUAUCAGCUUCAAGCAAAUUCAUUGA